AUGGGGCAGACUACAUUGCCUCCGCGUCGCCCUCGACAUGCUGCCAUGAGAGACGACGGAGGAAGUUAUGAUUACAGAGAACGGCCUCGAUCUGGCAGAGGAGUGACGUCCUCGGAUCGACCAGGAUCUCCUCCCCACGGGGCCCGUCUCGACUCAGACUACGCCGCUCGGCACCACCACCGUAUCAGGGACUCAGCUCCAGCGCAGCGGCACCGCUCACGAGACCGUAGCCGAGACUACAAUCGGCGAGACAGACCUUCAUCUUCGCGCCCACCCGCCGAGUCGGAAGACUUGAUUCCUCGCUAUCGUGAGAGCAAGGCGCGCUCCUCAGACGCCAGGCCCAGGACGACUCGGGGCAGUCGUAGCCGCAGCCGUGGUCGUGACCGUGGUCGUGACCGUGACCGUGGGGGUUUCGGCUCUCCGUCGUCGUCGAAGCGACACAGAAGUCGAAGCCGUAGCCGCAGCCGAUCCUUGAGUUCGUCUCGUAGGAAACGUUACAAGAAGACCCACAGCCCGCCUCCGCGCAGCCCAGCUCGAAGCUCCAAGGACGCCGAACCGAGGAGACGAAGACAUCAUUCCACCGACCGUCGAGAUUCUUCACCGCGUCACCACCGGUCUUCCCACAAAUCUCCCUCUCGAAACGACGAUACCCGCCGACAUUCGAGGCGAAGAUCUCCGCCCCGUUCCCCGGCGAGAUCUGAGGCUGAGAAGAGACACUCCCGACGCGACUCCUCACGCCACCGUCACAGGUCUUCUCGAAGCGUAUCCCGAAAUCGGUCUCCAUUGCCUUCUGACAAACGACGUCGUUCACCCUCGAAUCGUAAAGAUUCGCCGUCACGAGUGGGCGAUUCUGCUCUGACAGUCCGCACUGCCACUGACGACCAAUCGAGAGGUGACGCCAAUUACCGAUCGGCUAACCGAGACCCAAGGCCUCGAUCUCCCCAUAUCUAUCGAGAGGGAAAACGAGAUAAAGAUAUACCCGAGCCGCAUCAUACCUUGCGGUCAGACGUCGACGACGAUAUGACGUCUCGGAGUAGUUACCGCGGAGGAUAUAAUGCCGCCUAUUCGCAUCAGUCUCAUCAUAGCAAUGAUCCCCGCGGAUAUUCUCAGUCGCCCCAAAAUUCUGGCUCCUUUCACAAUUCUCCAUCUUCCUCAUCAUAUGGCGCGAAUCGUUCUGGGUGGAAUAGUCACCAAUAUUCACCACAACAGCAAUACCCCCCACAGUAUACCCAUGGGAGUAAUAACUAUGCUUCCAAUGGCCCUCCUCAGAACGGAUCGCAAAGCCAUUACCACGGUAAUUCAUCGCAUUCUCCGCCUUAUGCUGCUCCUACUGGUCCCCAGGGUAACUAUCGAGGAAAUCAUCGGGGUGGCGGUUUUCGUGGCGGAUCUUUUGCAAAUCGAGGUAGCUAUCGCGGCUCCAGCUUUAAAAGCGCUCCCAGGAACCCUUCGUCCCAGGCACCACCGCCACCACCCCCUCCGCCCCCUCGAAGCAAUGGGUUUCCUUUAGAUGAAGACGAGCAGGCGAGACCAACCGUCGCGGAUGCAGCCGCAAGUCCCAGAGAGGGCUUGGAACCCACUGAUACUCAUGAGCAUACCGCGGCGGAUCGCUCAGAUGAUUUAUCAUCAGCCCCUUCUAAUCAUACCCACAAGGACAACCAUGCUGAAGCUUCAUCGCAAACCUCGACUAAGCCAAGCAACGGUGCUGGAAAGUUUAGCUUUGCCUUCAAACCGUCAUCAAAGCCGACGCCUGCGGCUCCGAAGCCAGAGAUAUCUCAAAAGUUCAACGCUGCUCCUCAAAGACGAGAGUCUGUGCAAGCUCAGGCCCCUAAUCGGGAUCGAGAACCUCCUCCUAGCGCCCCUACGGAACCGUCAUCAGUGCGCUCCCGGCGAGAGCGGGAGCGUGAACGCGAACGGGAGCGUGAACGAGAAAGAGAGCGAGAGCGAGAGCGAGAACGAGAACGAGAGUUCAGGCAUCCCCCUGAGGGCCCAAAAAUGGCACCUAGAACACGGAAAGUCAUGAAGGUCAUGAAACGUCUGAAACCUCGACCUUCUCUAACUGACGACUUAAUCACUUCUGAGUCGGUAUUCUUCAGGAAACCAGGAAAUGAAUCCGUCGUGGGCUCGGGAACAUACGGUAAAGUGUUCAAAGGACUUAAUGUCUACACUAAGGGACUCGUUGCUCUAAAACGGAUUCGCAUGGAGGGCGAAAGGGAUGGCUUCCCAGUAACUGCCGUGCGGGAGAUCAAGCUGCUGCAGUCACUGAGGCACACAAAUAUUGUCAAUCUUCAAGAGGUCAUGGUGGAGAAGAACGACUGUUUCAUGGUUUUCGAAUACCUCUCUCAUGACUUGACUGGCCUACUAAACCAUCCUUCCUUUACUUUGGAUCCAGCCCAGAAGAAGCACUUGGCGAAGCAGCUUUUCGAAGGCUUAGACUACCUUCAUGAGAGAGGCGUGCUUCAUCGCGACAUUAAAGCCGCAAACAUUCUUGUCAGUAGCGAGGGCAUAUUGAAGCUGGCGGACUUUGGUCUUGCUCGGUUUUAUGCGAAACGGCACCAGCUUGACUACACAAACCGUGUCAUUACGAUCUGGUAUCGAUCACCAGAGCUCUUGUUGGGAGAGACAAAGUACACUGCCGCUGUCGAUGUAUGGAGUGCGGCGUGCGUCAUGGUAGAGAUAUUUACACGGGUUGCCAUCUUCGCCGGAGACGGGACGGAGCUCAGCCAGCUCGAUAAGAUAUACAAUAUCCUCGGGACGCCAACCCGCCAAGAUUGGCCCGGCAUCACUGAUAUGGCAUGGUUCGAGCUGCUCCGGCCAACUGCGAAGCGGAAGAACGUCUUUGCAGAAAAGUACAAAGACAAAGUCUCCCCUGCUGCGUUUGACUUAUUAGAGUCCAUGUUCUGCUAUGAUCCGGCCAAUAGGCCCACGGCGGCUAUGGUCUUACAGCACCCAUACUUUACCACCGAAGAGCCGUUGGCUACACAGGCAGUAGAGCUAGCGAAUAUUGGUGGUGAUUGGCAUGAAUUUGAGUCCAAAGCCCUGCGUAAAGAGAAUGAGCGGCGAAAUCGGGAGGCUCGAAAAGCUGCCAAAGACAGUACCCGAGACAACGAUAAGAAACGUGUCACGGAAUCCCAUGACCGUGAGAGGGGCGUUAAGAGAGUACACGUCGAGCAGAAGCCACUAGAAAGUCGGAGCAGCAGCACGAUAACGAUAGCGGCAACGAAGAAAUGA